AUCGCCUUCAUAUCUUGUAUCUUUGUCCUAGGCUCUGUGGGGAUCGCAGCAUCGAUGCGGAUCCAGCAGCUAGCAUACAUCGACGACAGCAACUUCCCUGGUGGACCAGGCGCCUUUGAGUCAGUCUCUGGUUACAUGAAGAUCAACGUCUUUGGUUUUUCAGCCUACACUGUAAAUGCAUGGUUUGCAGAUGGCUACCAGCUGUAUCGCUUCUACAUCUUGUGGUCUACCUCUCGACAUCCGAGUGCAUCUUGUACGCUUCUGUUGCACAGCUCACAUAAAUGUGCCCUAGUCCCAUCGUCUAUUCUUCUGGCCCAAAUGGCUGUGCCCGGUGGCGCUCUGUGGCUAAGCACGAACGCGAACAUGGCUCUCACGUUCUGGUCCGCAUCGAUCUCUGUCACGUGUUAUUGCACGCUGGGUAUCAUCAUCAAGCUGCUUUACAUGCGGUACCAAGUCCGCAAGGCCUUCGGUGGCGGCGAGCAGUUGCCCUACUUUUCUGUUGCGGCCAUGCUCAUCGAGUCUGCACUGCUAUACGUGGCGUUCGCGCUCGCAUUCCUCGUCACGUAUGCGCUGAGCAAUAGGAUAAGUUUCAUGCUUAUAUCAAUCUUGGGCCAGGCGCAGUCUAUUGCGCCGCUGCUCAUUGUCUUACGCGUCGCGCAAGGACGUGGCUGUCAGAACUGGGCGAUUACGUCAUUGCCCUGUACGGACUAA